AUUUAAAUCAGUGAAUCAUUUUGUUCUGCUUCCCAAUUCUAAUAGGGAGCUCAUUAUACAUGUGCAGAAGUAGGACUCAUUCCUCUUUUAGUAAUGUAUGCACAAACUGCUUGGGACUGUCUGUUUUUGCUCAGAGCCCAUGGUUCUGAAAUACGCGAGUCCGGGGAACGCAGUCAGGCAGAUUUGAAAAUGAAUCACUGACAAUUUUUGUAAAGUUUUGUAGCUAAUAUUUUAAUGUUAAAAGUGAAUAAGCCUUAAAGGUGACAUGUAUUGUGCUUGUUUUGAAAUGGAUAUUUUACAUUGACUUUUUUCACUUGUCAAAUGCUCAACAGGAAAGACCAAUGUGAAGAAUAUUAAGAUAAUUAAAUCCACCUAGCAAUCAAAAUCCUCUUGUGACCAUCUUAAAAUAACCAGUCACCAUGACGACAGUAAAUGGAGAAUAUUUUCCCGACCCCUCACCAAAGCCACACCCUAGAGUCAAGCCUGAGGCCGAGAGCUAUGCGGAGAGAAAUCGUGGUAAUAUGGAGCGCUGGUUUGACUACAGUGGAGACGAUGGAUAUAAUUCACCGCGGCCUGUAGGAAGGGCCGUUACAGAUGAAGGUCGUAGAAAUGCCAACACAAAUAAGGGCUGCAUGUCAGAUAUCAUGGGUGGUUAUGCAGAUCCUGUUCCACAGAGAACCAUACACCCUCGGGCAGUAACAGGGGAAGCAUCCGAUAUUGCUCAACAGAGUCAAGGUGGAGCCAUGAAAAACUUAAUUGACAAUUAUGGUAAUAUGUCCGUGGAAGCUAGACACGGUCCAAAAGUUCAUGGGUACGAAGCGGAGGAGUAUGCAGAAAGGAAUCAUGGGACGGUUAAUAAAUUAAUGGAUAAUUACGGUAAUUUAACACCUGACCAUCCCCCGCCCCAGAAGUUGGGCCUUGGUGGAGAUGUUGUGGCAGAAAGGCACAAUGGGGCAGGAAUGGGUCCAUUGCUGCGUAUGGAAGGGCAGAGAACCCAGCAGGAAGGGAAGACUGGCGUACUGCACCAGGAGUCACAGGGAGCAGGAUGGGACGAAACUCCCCCAGCAGUGCGAACACGGCCUGAGGCUGAGGGAAUCGCGGACAAACAGCAGUCGGAAAUUGUCGGAAAUCUGAUGAGAGGGGAGGUAGCGCCACCAACUGUCCGUACGCCAAAACAGCCGCUGCAGAUGCAAGAGUCCACCACACCUCGCCCCCAAAGCAGUCCAUACCGUACACGACCCGAGGCAAUGACAAACUACCAGAAGAACCAAGCAUCAGAGAUGUCAGCCAUUAUGCACGGACAGUCCUCCGCGAACACACCCGCACGUCGCAAUAACCGCAUGAUGAUGAAGUCAGAAGACUGGUAGACAGCUGCUUACCCAUUCAUAUACAAUGUAGCCUGAGCUUGUUGGCCAUUGUUUAGCUUGAUUGUUAUUAUUGAUUUUUGAAGGAGAAAAAAAUUGAGAUUUUCUUUAAUCUUUGCUGAGCAAAAAUUUUAGCUUCAUUUUUUAUUGAAAGUUAUGAAUUUAUUAAUGUUUUUAAAUCCUUUUUUGUCAAAUUACAAAUGUAAGUUUUUGAAUAACUAAUAAGGUCGGCUUUAAAACCAGAUAAGUAUCAUAAACACUAAGAUGGUGUUCUUACUUUAUAAUUUUAGUGUUAAAAGAGUGUGGUUUAAUGCUACUGAAAAAUUCGCAUGAAUUAUCAGGAGGCAAAUGCAUGUGAAUAGUUUAAGAAAAAAGGUGAUAUUGUAAUAAUGGUUUUACUUUCCAAAUAUUUGGACCAACAGUUUUAAGAGUGUUGUGCAAGUUUUAUUUAUAUAAAAACUAUUUACAUGUAGUAUUAAAAUGAUCAUAUCGUAAGUUAAAGUAUAUUGGAUACUGUAAGUAGAAUUGUACAAACACCAGCCUAGAAACAUGUAGGUAAUAGUAACAUAUUUUAUCAUAGGCUGUAGAGUUUUAGCCAGGUUUUAAAAAAGGGACUUGGUGCUGCAAAAGAGAGUUAGGGUGCUAAGGGAGAAAAGAGUACCGGGUACCUUGUAUUGGGCUGUGAAGAGAGCAAACAAUUUUAAUUUUACAGAAAAUGUUAAGAAACCUUGAAAAUGAAAUAAUAUUACAUGUAAGCUUUAAAUGCCAAUAUUUAUAGUUUACAUGUACAUUGUAUUUAUAAUCAUAUUAUUGUUUUACCCAAAACAAAGGAAAUAUUUGAUAACCUAAAGUAUUUAAUUCAAUGAAGGUUCAAGGGUGCCCAUGUUGAUCACAAUGAGGGCAGAAAGGUGUUACCAAAAAGGACAGGAUGCAACACCCUUCCAUUAUCUUGAGCUAAAAUCCUAUAGACUAUGCACAUGUACCUUUGGAAAUGUAUUCCAGAAUGGGUUCAGCUGCUGUAUAUCUUAUUAUUUACAAACCCUGCAUUAUAUUACUGUUAUAAAUAAUGACCAACAUAGCAAACGUAGGUAAAUAGACUAGUGAUGCUGCUUACAUAUAGUAAAAGUCAUGCUAAUGUUAAUUAAGGUAAUGACCAUGGGUUAUUGUCAUUAAUUUAAACUUUCACAUCAAAUUCAAAUUAAUGUAUUGUCUGAAGUCCUCUGUCAAACGGUUUGUUUUAAAUUAUAAAUCUGUCAGUUUGUUUCAAAACAUAAAACGAGAUUUCCAAGAAUGAUAGAUUUGGAAAUUGAUGCAGUGUGGCAGGUGAGAUGACAAUAAUGCUAUUUAUAAAUUUGUUUGAAGUCUUUCUUCUGCUGUUCUUCCAGAGAAAGUUUCAUUUGGUAAGUGUUGAAGGGAACUGAAACCUGUAUGUAAAUGUUAACUAGUACAGUUUGGCCUUUUAACAUUAACCCUAUGAUCAGUUGUACCAUUAUGUUUAAAAUCCUCUUCAAGGAUGUAUAAGAUUUUACCAAGACAAAACUACUUAUUGAUGUGUUUUUGUAUUAUAAUAAAAGAUAGUUCAGUUAUAAUAAUAACAUCACAUUGAUCAGCAUUAAACAUAUCUACACUACACAACUAUGUUACACUAGGUACAUGUACAUGUAGGCCACAUGUAUGCUGAGCAACUUUAGCCAGGUUAAAAUAUAUUGAACAGUUCAUUUCAGCUGGUACAUGAAUACUUGAUGCUUGAUAUUCACAAUGGAUCUGAAAUGGUUUAAAUAAUAAACAGGAACACAAGCAGGGGUCUCACUCCUUAUAGGCCAUGUAGGCUGCGACCUACACUUUCUUCCCAACAAAAAUCGCAAUGACAGGUGUAACCUCUAAGGUUCUAAAGUAAAAUGUCAAAAAGUCAGUGUUCAUGUUCAUGUAUUUUCCCCUUUGAAAUACACAUCAAAAUAAACUUUCCGACCAUCUACCUGUAAAUAAAUAUCAAGGGGCCAUGUCCCCAAACCCACAUAGAAAAGCUGCCUGGUCGAGCUAUGCCCUUCCUUGAAACCAUGAAGUUUUAACUGACUGCCUUUCAUUGUCAUGAUAUUUUCACUUGCUCUUGUGCCAAUGGUUGUAGAUAUUGUUUUUACAAGAAGCUUUUGUUACAUUUGUGUUGUUGUUUUGUUUUUUGUCAUUGUUAUUACUGCUUACCGUAGAAUGUUCGCUAUGAUGUCCCUUAAAGUGUCUGAUGUACAAGUGAACAAUUACGUGUUUUCUGGAUUUCUGGUGACUCCGUAUUAAAAUGGUGAGAAGCGAUCGUAAAUGUAAAAAUAAUCUUUUCAAUAUAGUUAUUUUGUCAAAAACAUAUAAUUAUGUGUAUCAUAUCUGAGAGUUUUACCAUAAAAUGGUUUUUAAUAUUAUUGAGUAACAAUUAUGCAAUGAAAUGAAGAUUUGCAGUUUUGGGUUUUGAAUCUCAAACUUCGACUCCAGACGUAGAGAAAGCGGAGUCAGGCAUCAACAUUUAGCAUUAAAGAAUUGGCAGGCCGUAUUGAACAUGUUGUACAACAGAUACCUUACCUGAAACAUGAAGAAAGUCUCAAUUUAGCAUGAGCAUAAUAAAGUUUUGAUAGUAAUUGAACUGAUAUACCAUCGUUUCAUGAUAGGUUAAAGAAAACGUUUUGGAAGGGAUGAAUCAGUUUUACACUGAUAAUAGUUUUCAUUAAAAAUCAUUUGAACAAAUUGUUUUUUGAACAAAUGCCAUAUUUUGAUAAUUUCUGUUUUCAAACCCACCAGAUACAUGUACAUGUACAGUUAUAUUAACCAGGGAUGAUUUAUAAAAUGUGUUCAUUCCUUUUGCUAUAUUGUGUUGUUUUAAACGUGUUUUGUGAACUGUUUACAGUGUAUAUAUUUUUAGGAUCUUGAUUAGCCCAUAUCAUAAUGCUUGCUCACCAACUUCAGUUUUACAUUUAGUUUUGUUUAAUUCUCAAAAUUGUUGAUCUUUUUUCUUUGUAUCUCACUUAAUCAUUAUUUAAAUCAGUAUACUGCCAUGUAUGGGAAUGUUGUUUGAAAGAAGAAAAGGAAUUUUCAUGGAACUAUAGAAAAAUAUUAUUCAAUUUGUGAUGUUUAGUAGAUUCAAACCAUUUAAAUAGGAUUUGUUAUGAUUAUAUUUAAUACAAGUUAGAAUGAAAUUUAUAAUUGAAAAUUCCUGCCUGAUGAUACAAUUCUCUGGCUUUUGUUUUUCUUUAUAUUCUAGAAAUUAAACACUGGAUAAUAAGAAUACAAUUUGGUUGUAAAGUCUUCUCAGAAAUGUUAUAACCAUGGUAUUGAUAUCAUAUUUUUAGGUGCUAUAGAAAACAUAAUAUGUGAUACAAUUAGAAAUACUAAUUGUAGAUUAGUCUGUUGCCUUUAGAUUAUAAAUCCAUGGUAGUGGAGAAGUGUUCGUCCUUAAUUUGGCCUAUUUAUGAACAAAUAAGAUUUGUCAUUAAAUUUCAUAAUUUACAUCAAAACAGAUCUACACUUAUUUGUAUGUUACAAGCGCAUAUAUUUUACCACUCAUGCUGUUUUUAAUCAUUUGAAUUUGUUUUACUGAAGCGUUGUGCUGUUAUCUCUGGCCUCUUGUAUUUUGGUUACUGAAUUAUUUUUGUGAUCUUAUAUUCUCACCGUUUUGUAAAUAUUUAGGUAUAUUUUGCAGCUAGUUUUAUUUAAUCAAAACACAGUAUGGCCUGAUUAUUUUGCAAAUAAAUUGUCAAGUAUAGACGA